AUGGCCGCGGUCAUGAAUAUUGAUAAUCUUCAGUGGUCUGAGUUGAUAUGCAAAAUAGGCUUAAAAGAGGUUAACGAAAUAUUAGACAAGCGUUUUGAAUAUAUUUUUACAACAUUGAGAGAUCUCGCGUCUGUUUUUACAAGCGAUCGUACGCUGACUGAACGAGUUUCCGCGCUCAAAGACGAGUGGUUCCCUGCUAGAGACCAAUACGAAAGGUCUGUAAUUCAUUUGGCGUCAUUGAAUGGCAAUACGAGGCUCGUUCGAUGCUUAGUGUAUUCUGGGUGUCCUAUCAACAUUAGAGAUGGUAUUGGACAAACACCGUUGACUUUAGCUCUUCAUAUGGGGCACACAAUUACGGCAAAGGUCAUUAUCGAAUGCGGAGCUUCAGUUAGAGAUGAGCUAUUCCCAGAUACUGUGCCUCCGUUACAAAUAGCUAAAGUAAAGGGAGAUAACAUUAUGAUUGACACAGAAAAUACAGGAAGAAGAAGAAGUUAUUCGCCAUGUUGA